AGGAAGAGGAGGAGGAGAGACAGACAGCGCUCCCAAGGAGGGGGAGAGAGAGAGAGAGAGAGAGAGAGAGAGAGAGCGCGCCUGCGCACGAGCGAGCGAAAGACGCGCUUCAACCCGUGAGGGGAACGCGCCUGCCGGGCGCCUGAGGCGAGAUGCCCGCCGUUCAGAAGACCGUGUCGGAGCUGCGGUCCCGGGCGGAGGGCUAUGAGAAGACAGAUGAUGUUUCAGAGAAGACCUCAUUGGCUGAUCAAGAGGAACUGAGAACUAUAUUCAUCAAUCAACCACAGUUGUCUAAGUUCUGUAGCAACCAUGUCAGCACUGCAAAAUACAACAUUAUCACAUUCCUGCCUAGGUUCCUGUAUUCUCAGUUUAGGAGAGCUGCUAAUGCCUUUUUUCUUUUCAUUGCAUUGCUUCAGCAAAUUCCAGAUGUUUCUCCAACAGGACGGUAUACAACACUGGUUCCUCUCUUAUUUAUUUUAGCUGUAGCAGCAGUCAAAGAAAUAAUAGAAGAUAUUAAAAGACAGAAAGCUGAUAAUGCUGUGAAUAAAAAGGAAGUACAAGUACUGAGAAAUGGAGCUUGGGAGAUUGUACACUGGGAAAAGGUUGCAGUGGGGGAAAUAGUGAAGGUGACCAAUGGGGAGCAUCUCCCAGCUGAUCUCAUCAGUCUUUCAACAAGUGAGCCGCAAGCUAUGUGCUACAUUGAAACAUCAAAUUUAGAUGGCGAAACUAAUUUAAAAAUACGACAGGGCUUACCGCUGACCUCUGAUAUAAAGGACAUUGACAGCUUGGUGACACUUUCAGGCAGAAUUGAAUGUGAAAGUCCAAACAGACAUCUGUAUGACUUUGUGGGAAAUAUUAGACUAGACAUUCACGGGACUGUCCCACUGGGGCCUGACCAGAUUCUCCUGCGUGGUGCUCAGCUCAGAAAUACACAGUGGGUUCACGGGAUCGUUGUUUAUACAGGACAUGAUACAAAACUCAUGCAGAACUCCACGAGUCCGCCUCUUAAACUGUCAAACGUGGAAAGGAUUACAAAUAUACAAAUUCUGUUUCUGUUCUGCAUUCUUAUUGCCAUAUCUCUGAUCUGUUCCAUUGGGGCAGCUAUAUGGAAUCAAAAACACGAAGGGAAAAUCUGGUACAUCAACCUAACCUAUGGUGGAGCUAGUAAUUUUGGACUCAAUUUCCUGACAUUUAUCAUUCUCUUCAAUAAUCUAAUUCCAAUCAGCCUGUUAGUUACACUGGAAGUUGUUAAAUUUAUUCAAGCGUAUUUUAUAAAUUGGGAUAUUGACAUGCAUUAUGAACUUACAGACACUGCUGCCAUGGCACGUACAUCCAAUCUUAAUGAAGAACUUGGCCAGGUCAAAUACAUCUUUUCAGACAAAACAGGCACCUUGACGUGCAACGUUAUGCAAUUCAAGAAGUGCACUAUAGCAGGAAUAUCUUAUGGCCAUUCUCCUGAAUCAGAUGAUUUGGGCUGUACUUCGGAUGAGGGGCAGAGUUCACAAGCAAGGGAAGAAAAAACAUUUAGCGACUCAUCGUUACUGGAAAACCUGCAAAAUAAACAUCCAACUGCACCUAUAAUUUGUGAGUUUUUGACAAUGAUGGCAAUUUGUCAUACAGCUGUCCCAGAAAGAGAGGAUGACAGAAUAGUUUAUCAAGCAGCAUCACCAGAUGAAGGAGCAUUAGUCAGAGCAGCUAAGCAACUACAUUUUGUUUUUACUGGAAGAACACCAGACUCUGUCAUUAUAGAAUCACUGGGUCAAGAAGAAAGAUAUGAAUUGCUAAAUGUGUUAGAAUUUACAAGUUCUAGAAAAAGAAUGUCCGUGAUUGUGCGCACACCAUCGGGAAAAUUAAGACUCUACUGCAAAGGAGCUGACACAGUAAUUUAUGAUCGUCUGGCAGAGAAUUCAAGAUAUAAAGAAAUUACCUUGAAACAUUUAGAGCUAUUUGCUACUGAAGGUUUGAGAACCCUCUGUUUUGCUGUGGCUGAGAUUACAGAAAGUGAUUAUCAGGAGUGGCUGAGUGUGUAUCAAAGAGCAGCAACUUCCAUUCAAAACAGAGCCCUGAAACUUGAAGAGAGUUACGAACUAAUUGAAAAAAAUCUCCAGCUACUUGGCGCAACAGCCAUAGAAGAUCGCCUACAGGAUCAAGUGCCUGAAACCAUUGAAACGCUAAUGAAAGCAGAUAUCAGAAUUUGGAUUCUAACUGGAGACAAGCAAGAGACAGCUAUUAACAUUGGACAUUCGUGUAAACUCUUGAAAAAGAACAUGGGGCUGAUUGUCAUAAAUGAAGGCUCCCUUGAUGCAACUAGAGAGACCUUAAGCCAUCACUGCAGCACUCUGGGCGAUGCUUUGAGGAAGGAAAAUGAUUUUGCACUCAUCAUUGAUGGAAAAACCUUAAAGUACGCUUUGACCUUUGGCGUAAGGCAAUAUUUCUUGGAUUUGGCCCUGUCCUGCAAAGCCGUCAUUUGUUGCAGAGUUUCACCUCUGCAGAAAUCUGAUAUUGUAGAAAUGGUGAAGAAACAGGUGAAGGUGGUGACAUUGGCCAUUGGUGACGGAGCCAAUGAUGUCAGCAUGAUACAAACGGCACACGUAGGCGUUGGCAUCAGUGGGAACGAAGGGCUCCAAGCUGCUAAUUCUUCAGACUAUUCAAUAGCUCAGUUCAAGUACUUGCAAAAUUUACUUCUGGUCCACGGUGCCUGGAAUUACAGUAGAAUUGCAAAAUGCAUUUUGUAUUGCUUCUACAAGAAUAUUGUCCUUUAUAUUAUUGAGAUAUGGUUUGCAUUUGUCAACGGAUUUUCUGGACAGAUCCUGUUUGAAAGAUGGUGCAUAGGACUUUAUAAUGUGAUGUUUACGGCUAUGCCCCCCUUGACGCUUGGAAUAUUUGAGAGAUCCUGUCACAAAGAAAAUAUGCUAAAAUACCCUGAAUUAUACAAGACUUCCCAAAACGCUCUGGAUUUCAAUUCAAAGGUUUUCUGGAUCCAUUGUUUAAAUGGCCUCUUUCAUUCAGUAAUUCUGUUUUGGUUUCCGCUAAAAGCCAUCCAGAGUGAUACUGUGUUUGCCAGCGGUAGAACUUCGGACUACUUGCUUUUGGGAAACUCCGUAUAUACAUUUGUGGUCAUAACUGUGUGCUUAAAAGCUGGAUUGGAGACUUCAUAUUGGACUUUGUUUAGUCAUAUAGCUAUAUGGGGCAGCAUUGUGCUCUGGAUAGUAUUUUUUGGCGUCUAUUCUUCUUUGUGGCCAGUCAUUCCGAUGGCACCGGACAUGUCAGGGGAGGCCGUGAUGUUGUUCAGCUCCGGAAUCUUCUGGAUGGGCUUAUUUAGCAUUCCAGUGACAGCACUGAUAUUUGAUGUAGCAUAUAAAGUAGUGAAGAGGGCAGCAUUUAAAACCUUAGUAGAUGAAGUUCAGGAGUUGGAAGCCAAAUCGCAAGAUCCGGGCGCUGUUCUGCAAGGCAAAAGCUUAACGGAAAGAGCUCAGCUGUUGAAAAACGUCUUUAAGAAAAACCACGUCAACUUGUACCGCUCCGAGUCUUUGCAGCAGAAUUUGCUUCAUGGAUACGCUUUCUCGCAAGACGAAAACGGGAUCGUCUCGCAGUCGGAAGUCAUAAGAGCGUACGAUACGACGAAGCAGAGGCCCGAUGAAUGGUGAAGAUCCCCCGGCUUUCAGUAUUUGCCAUAUUCCAGCCAAAUUAAUGCGUUAUUUCCCGCGUCUGCCAACAUGGUCCAGUAACAAGAUUAGGGGGAGUUGUAGAUUGUUGUUUCUUGAAAGUUUGCAUAUUGAGUAGACGUAAGCACUGUGCAACUAUACUCUUUAACACACCAUCCCUCCGCAUUUUCCAAAACGACUCGGAUUUUGUAAGCAGACACUGAGAAUUAACCUGCAGCCUUUUCAAACAGCUUAUUUACAGUAAAGAUGAGUACUGUUCCUGGGUGUAGACAGAGAGAGAGAGGGGGGGGAGGUAAAUAUUCAAUAUAUGUUGAGAUUGCUCAACAUAGACUAUACAUUGAGAAGCCGAGUCUGUGCCAAGGUGUAUAGGUGGUGAAAUUAAAUAAUGAGCCUUCGAUUUCCACAAGUGCUAAAGAACCAUUUUAAUUACCUUAAUUCAUGUGACAAAGGAAGCUCGCAAAGCAAGAUACUUAAGAAGGAAUUGGUUUAAAUGAGCUUGUUUGCCAAAGAUAUUCCAUAGGUCUCAUCCUAGCCCUCCUGUGUGUUAGCAACGGUAGUGUUAGCAAUGGUGUCCGACGUCAGAAUUGCAUGUUUGAUACUCUGUACUUGAAAAGUUUUACAACAAUUCGAAAACUGAUAGGGUUUGAUUUUGAUGCGUUUAAUUUCUGAUCUGUAGUUCUUUUCACCUUUGGCCUUACAGAAGCCUUUCUUUUUGCGUUCGCGCUCUCGUCACAGAAUGUGUACAUUCGAAACACAGCGUUCAUUUUCUCUUGUCAGCAGUGUGUGUCCUUGAGACUUGUUAACCCGCUUUAGAGUCCCAAUGUGGUGACAUUUGUGUGCGCGAUUCGGAUGUUGCUUUGCCGCCCUCCCCAUGCAUGUCAUCAGGAACUUUCAUUUUAAAAAUAAAAUAAAAUAAAAGCAAUGGUUGCCUGUUGGGAUUGGCAAAGAGACAAGGAUGGUGCCUUAACUAAGUUUCCUGUUUCCCAAACAGGCAUGAACAUUGUCAGACGAGAAAGAGGCAACUGUAAUUAGCGACUGUUCAGAUGUAGUUCAAGACCGUGGUGCAUUGCAUCCACCCCCUAUGGUUACACAUCUAUAGGCCCUAUAAAGAGAAGCCAAUCCAGAAUUUUUUUAAUAUUUACAGAAGUCAGAAAUUGAUUGUCCUUAGCGGAUUGGGGUGGAGGUGUGCUUGUAAAUGCAGGUUUUAUUUACGGAGCAUUUUAUAUAUAAAUUAGUUUACUAUAACAUAAUUUACCUUGUUAGUCAUGAUAAUCUGAAAACAAGGAAUCAGUAAUAUCAGUUUAGUACUAUACUACCGCAUACGUUCAGUUUGCACUAUAAAACAGUUUAUUUGUGGUAUUUAAUAGGUUCUGUUUGUACAUUCCCAAGUUUGAUUUAAAUUAAAGUAUGCAAAGUUUGAGGAUUUAAAAUUAACAAGGUUUGUGUAUGUUUUAAAUAGAAACAUUUUCUAGCUAGUAACGUAAAACUUCCCUUCUCAUUAACGGAAAUGUUUUGAGUAAAUGUUUUUAAAUCUUGUCAUUUUGUAAAAUCAGAACGAAAAAGCCGAUUAAAUUGCAGUCGUUUUUCCACUAUGCGUGUUAAUAGCCAUUUCAGUUUAUCUAUAAUAUAUUUUGUAUAGACAGUUCCAUGUCUAACUUCUGUGACAUGUGCAGUUAAUUUAAUUAUAGGCAAGGAGAAAAGUUGUAAUAAAUUCAGAGUUUCUGGGUCAUAUUUCCACUCUUAAGUCCAUUUUUAAAAACUGCUGUGUAAUAGAAACACUAUUUAUUAAAUACUGCACAUAUGAAAUAUAUAUUUAUGAUUUAAGUAUACAGUCUUUCAUACUUAUUUCAUAAUGGCACUCACGGUAUAAAAUUCUCUUUCUUAGACUAAGCGGAAAAUAAACCAGUAAUCCAUAAAGCCUGUUACUGAAAAAGGACCUUUCAAUCUUACAGCCUGAAAUUGUCUUCAGGAAAGUUAUUUCUGACAUAGAUACUUAAUGCAUCAAUGAGAGCCAAAUAAAUCGACCUAUUGUGCACACAGACACCCACAGAUUCACAUUGUCAGAUUUAGACAAUUAAAGAGCAUCUCAAACAAACAAACAAACCCUGACUUAUUGCUUUACAUUAAUUUAUGGUGGCUUGUCCACCACCAAAGAUUCCUGAAGCAAAUUAUUAAAAUAAUAAUAAUAAUUCUGUAGCAUGCUUAUAGUACAGUUUUUAGCGGUGUAUAUUUCUUUUAGACUCAAAAAAUAAAAUCAGAUAAUAAUCGAGCAAAAACUGAAUUGCUUCCCAUUGCUUACUUAGGACUUAGUGCAGAGGUGUCCAACUUUGGCAACGUGUAAAGCUUGUGGACCCCCAACUCCCAAAAACGGGGGUAUUCUGGGAGUUGAAGUCCACAAGCCUUAAACGUUGUCACGGUUAAAGAUCCCUGAUUCUAAUGCAAGCUCUUGCGGACUCUUUGACAGGGGGAAUAUUUAGUGCAGCCCGCCGUGGCAAAAUGCACAUAAUCUGACAUACAAAUUGGGUCAGGGGUCAACCACCACUCCCUUCCCACCAGCAUGAAAGGACGGCCUUGCAUGCAACUGACCUAGAAUAAUGAUCUGCACGCGGGAAUGUAUUUCUACUGCUGUCUUCUGAUACGGAUUGUCCUUGGUGAAUCCCGACGGAGGCACAAAUCUUGCAUAUUGGCUAGAAUUCAGAACAGGAAACCUUCCCGAGUGGCCUACCCUUACAAAAACGAUAGACCCCCCCCCCAUCCGCUGCCCGUUAUUGUAUAUUAGAUUUUUUUUCUCUCUCUCUCUUUUAAAUACGCCGCUCUAUUCAAGAUCCCAGGCCUCUUGUUUUUUUUUUUCCACCUUCUCUCCAUUUUCUAAUCGUUCGGGAAAGACGACGGAAAAGUUUUUCACACGUGCGAUGCAAUAUUGGCCAAACAGACAUAUUCAUGUUUUGAGAGUGCGCUUUAUAAAGUGAAGGGGAGGAUAAUUUUGUCUGCCCUGCGCUGCCUUCAAGGAUAUAGAAAGGGUUGGAUUGGAACACAAAUGAAAUUUUCAGAUUCGUAAGAAGGUAAAACCCAAGUAAACUGGAACUGUUGAACAAGUCAGGAUGUACGAGACAAUAUCUAAUUUGCAAGCCUGUACUUUUUUGUUUAAAAGAGAAGCUCUCAAAGUGAUUUAUUACCCUAUAAGGUAGAAAUACUUACUAUAAUAUAAUGUAUAUUUAGGGAUGUUGGUUGACACGCAUAAUUUAUUUGACUAGAAUUUUGUUUUUUACAUUGUUUUACAUUUUGUUUCAAAAAUUACACUUUUCUUCAUUAUUUAAAUUAAGGAAACUGUACAUUCUGUGUAUAUUUUGUACUGUAGAAUAUUUAUGUUAAGGUUUAAAAAAAAAUCAUCCUUGAAAGAAUCUGGUACCAUUCAGAAAUCAAAAAGAAUGUCUGUAACUGUGUGUUAUUUUUAAUUAAAUGGAUUGUAAGAAUGUAGUACGAUUUAACCAGAAAAAUCAACCAAUUGGAUACACUUUGUGAAGCCAUAAGUAGUCCUGUUUCCUUAGCUGAGGCUUACUUACAAAAAUGAAUUUUAAUAAAAUAGAAUAGUUUGAAAACCUUUUUAGUUGUAUAACAAUAGAGGAAGUGCUUCAAAAAAACAUAAUACAAUCUCAUAUGGGAAGACAUCCUUUUUUUUAAUCAAUUCAUGUUAAACUCUUUACUUGCUUGACAAUUGGACCGUAGGAUCUUUUUUUUUUUUCCCCUACUGAUUUCUGUAUUGUGGAAAAGUUGUUGUUUCAGUUACGUUUUAGUAAUCUGUCUGCAUGUCACUGUGUGAAUCUGAUCUGAUGCAUGCUUAUGCUAUAAAACUCCUUAUUUCUCUGUUAGCUGAAAGAGGCAUCAACAUUUAUGUUCGGUAUGCAGAAGUGAAGCGUUGGUAAACAGCUAGAUUGCCAACGUCAUUUUGUUAGCAUGGAAUGGUCAACUCAGAAACAGCUACACGCCGAACGUAUUCUAAAACAGAGGUCCCCACCUGUGGGCUGUGGUCCCCCCACUCACGCUAGCGCCCGUGACCCCGUUUGUGCAUGUGCACGGGUGCGAAUGGGGCCGCUAGUGCCAGGCGGGUAUCCGCAGCCUAUUUGUACAUGCGCGAACAGGGCCGCUAGUGCUGGGCGGGUAUAUGUGGUCCGUUUGCACAUGGGGCCAGUAGCACCACGCCAGCGCAUGUGCCAUUUGCGUGCGUACAUGUGCGCGCACCAAUUUGUAAGCCGCUCUCCUUCCCUACUGGAAAAGUUGGAGAUCUCUGUUCUAAAAUACGUUCCAAGACCCAUGAAACAAAUCGAAUUAAUCAAUAAAUUAGGAUGAAAAUAGACAGUGAAUGUACGUUAUCUACUCGCUUCUUAAGUGGUUUCAGCACAGACUUGGCAGCCAUUUAAAAUUUUGUGAUUGCAAAAACGGUGGCCCAGGUGUGUUAAAAGCUAAAUCAUGUUUCAGUGUGGUUGUUUUAACCUGUUCUACAAUUUAAAGCCAUAAUGCAUUAACUUUGUUUUCUGCUGCAAUUUUCUUGAAGUGUUGAUUAAAAAAAAAAACCAUAGGGAACUAUGUAAUAUUUAGGACUACUGCAUUCGAGGUAAAGUAGGAUUUUUUUCCACUACUCUUAAACCAUUACUGCUGAAACUCCUGUGGAAAUUGUGAAGCUGCAUGAAUGGAGAGAAAAAAAAUUUUUUUUUGAUUCCGUGUUUAUGGUAGUUUACUCAGGUUUCGUUUUAAAUGGAUGUUAAAUGCACUGUUUUAUAAUGUUAUUAAAUUUUAAUAAUAGAUUCACUUCUAUGCAGUGUUACAUGUCAUUGGCAUUUGGUGAAUGUGCAUGUUCUGAACUGCAAAUUUUAAUUGUUUUGUCUUCUAAUUGUUAAAAGAAAUAAAACUUGCCAUUAAGUAUUCUCCGA